AUGCACCUGUCCUGUCUGACCUAUGAGACGCGGCACAACCUGACAGUGAACCUGACCACUCUGAGGGUGUGGUGUUAUGCCUGUGGGAAAGAGGUGUUCCUGGAGCGUAACCCGGGCCCUCACUGCCCUGUCCCCAGCACCAAGACCCUCACAUCACCUCUCACCAACAACACACAGGAGGGUAGCAGGGUGCUGGGCCGCUCCACCUCUCUGAGACUGCCCCCUACUGGUGGCUGUGAAGACCUGGGCAUGGAGACUGAGGAGGAGGAGGAGGAGCUCCGCCCCAGAGGUCUGACGGGACUGAAGAACAUAGGAAACACCUGCUUUAUGAACGCAGCCCUGCAGGCCCUCUCUAACUGUCCUCCGCUGACCCAGUUCUUUGUGGAGUGUGGAGGUCUGGUGAGGACAGACAAGAAGCCUGCUCUGAGUAAGAGCUACCAGAAACUGCUGUCAGACCUCUGGCACAGAACCAGGCCAUCCUAUGUCGUCCCUACCGGUCUGUUCCAGGGGAUCAAGGCUGUUAACCCCAUGUUCAGAGGAUACUCACAACAGGACUCUCAGGAGUUCCUGCGCUGUCUGAUGGACCAGCUCCACGAGGAGCUGAAGGAGCCACUGACCGAGCCCCCCGACAACGACCUACACUCUCACGCCAUCGCCAUGGACGACGACGGCCCCGACGACGACAGCCCCAGCCAAUCGGACAACGACUUUCAGUCAUGCGAGUCGUGCGGCGGCGGCGGCGGCGGCAGCAGCGAGCGGGUGGACAGCGAGGGCCAGGGUGGGAGCGGGGACGGGCAGGAGGCGCCUUCAAGGGAGGAGUCUAAUGAGGCGGAGACGCUGAUCCCCGACGGGCCUGACUCCUCCCACUCCUCCGGCCAGACCAAUAGGGAGUGGCAGAAAGAGAAGAACCUGAUCAACGACCUCUACCGGGGGUCAGGGGCCACGGGGUCAGGGGGAGACCUGGAUAAAGACCUGGAUACCGCUCCCACAGAGGCCACGCCCAUCGUCAGCAGCCAGGGGACAAUCAAAGUCCAGAUACAGAGACACAUGACUGAGCUGCAGGUAGUGUCCAGCACCCGGACACAGAGUCCAGUCCAUAUGGAGGGACACUGCCUCACCAAGAUGUCCUCCAGCCCCCCCAAGAAUAACUCUGUCUGGCCAGGAAUGUCCUCCAGCCCCCCCAAGACUAACUCUGUCUGGCCAGGAAUGUCCUCCAGCCCCCCCAAGACUAACUCUGUCUGGCCAGGAAAGUCCUCCUGCCAUAAGAAAGGUAGAGUGUCAGUGACCCUAGAGAACUUCCAGGACCUGUCCCUGCCCAUCCCAGGUAAGGAGGACCUGGCUAAACUCCACUCCUCCUCCCAUCAGACGUGUCUGAUCAAGGCCGGCUCCUGUGGAGAGGCCUACGCAGCCCAGGGAUGGGUCGCCUUCGUCACGGAAUACAUCAAGAGCUGGUGGUGGGGUUCCCGUGGUUACCAACAGGACUGUCGGCGCUUCUUCCCAAAGACACAUGAAAGGGAGACCUUGAACUGUCUCUCUCUGCCAUUACGGAAUGGAGUGAAAUCCUGCAAAGUUCAGAGUGUACCAGAGAUUUUGUGUAUCCACCUGAAGCGGUUUAGACACGAGCUGAUGUUCUCCACUAAGAUCGGGACUCACGUCUCCUUCCCAUUGGAGGGCCUGGACCUGCAGCCCUUCCUGGCCAAGGAUAGUUCCGCCCACACCACCUCCUAUGACCUGCUGUCCGUCAUCUGUCACCAUGGCACCGCCAGCAGUGAGUGGCACUACAUAGCCUACUGCAGGAAUGACCUGAACAACCUGUGGUAUGAGUUUGAUGACCAGAGCGUCACCGAGGUGUCAGAGUCCUGCGUCCAGAACGCUGAGGCCUACGUCCUGUUCUACAAGAAGAGCAAUGAAGAGGCGCAUAAGGAUAGGGAGGUGACGGGUCUACUCAGCGUGACGGAGCCCAGUCUGCUACAGUUCUACGUCUCCAGACUGCUCAACAAGUUCAAGACCUUCGCUGAGCCUGGACCCAUCUCCAACGACGACUUCCUCUGUUCACACGGAGGCGUGCCGCCUGCCAAGGCAGCGUUCAUGGAUGAUCUGGUCGUGAUGCUGCCUCAGAACGCGUGGGACCACCUCUACAGCAGGUACGGAGGCGGGCCUGCUGUCAACCACCUGUAUGUGUGUCACACUUGUCAGACAGAGAUUGAGAAGCUGGAAAAGAGACGCAGGACAGAGCUGGACAUGUUUGUCCGGCUGAACAAGGCGUUCCAAGAGGAGGAGUCUCCACUGAUCAUCUACUGCAUCAGCAUGCAGUGGUUCAGAGAGUGGGAGGGCUUUGUCAAGGGAAAGGACAAUGAUCCACCGGGACCAAUCGAUAACUCCAAGAUGGCGAUCAACAAGAACGGCCAUCUAACACUCAGACAAGGAGCUGACUCGGGACAGAUCUCUGAGGAGACGUGGAACUUCCUCCACUCCGUCCACGGAGGAGGUCCGCUCGUAACAGUCCGGCCCAACGUCUCUCACACCAACGCAUCUCACCCCGAACUAGAGGCCUCCUCGCAGUCUAAGGAGAAGAUAUAGGUGGAGACGUGCUACGUUUAAAUCUACCUACAUCAC